CUUUCUCCUUCCCCCGCUCCCUCCCCGCAGCCCCUGCCGUCCCUCUCUCCUUCCCCCGCUCCCUCCCCGCAGCCCUUGCCGUCCCUCUCUCCUUCCCCCGCUCCCUCCCCGCAGCCCCUGCCGUCCCUCUCUCCUUCCCCCGCUCCCUCCCCGCAGCCCCUGCCGUCCCUCCUCCCCGCCAGCAGGUGCCCCUCGGCCGCCGCCCGGCCGCCGCCGCUUCCUCUUGCCGAGCGCCGGGGCCGGCGCCAGCAGCCGCGUCCCUGCAGGAUGCUGUUCCCCCUGCCUCUGUGGGUAGCCUGCAGCCUGCUUGCCUGGCUCUCUCUCUAUGCCUGGUUCUGCCAUCGCUUCAAGCACCACAGUUAUGAAUGGAGCUGCAGGCUGGUGACACUGACCCAUGGCAUCCUUGCUACCUGUCUCUCUGCUUACAUUGGCUUUAUUGAUGGUCCCUGGCCUUUGAGUCACCCAGGAUCACCCAACACAACUCUGCAGGUGCAUGGGCUGUGCCUUAGCUUGGGCUACUUCCUCUUUGACCUUUGCUGGUGUGUGUACUUCCAGACAGAGGGUGCCCUCAUGCUGGCCCACCAUCUGGUGAGCAUCUUGGGCAUCACAGCAUCACUGGCACUCGGGGAGUCAGCUGCAGAGGUCAAUGCUGUCAUCUUUGGUAGCGAGAUCACUAACCCCCUGCUGCAGGCCCGCUGGUUCCUGAAGGAGAUGGGAUGUUACCAUAGCUUCACAGGGGAUGUGGUGGAUUUCUUCUUCGUGGUCCUCUUCACCGGGGUGAGGAUUGGCGUGGGGGCCUGGCUGAUGUACUGUGAGCUUGCUUCUCCCAAACCCAGGUGGUACAUUAAGCUGGGUGGUGUCAUCAUGUACGCUGUCUCCUGGGUUUUCAUGGUCAGCAUCUGUCGCUUCGCUAGGAGGAAGAGCAUGAAGAAGUACCAUGCCUGGAGGAGUCGGAGGAGGGAGGAAUUCCACUUGAAAACUAAUGGGCAUCUGAAAAAACACUGACUAGAUGCUGAGUAAAGACUUCCUCGAGUUCACAGUCUGGCAAGAAGGGGAUCAUGCCUGAAAUGCCACUGUCAGGAGAGGAGCCAACACACGUUAGCGGUUCUGGAGCCAAAUUUAUCCCUGGCAUAACUCCACUGAAGUCUGUGGAGCUGUGCCAUGGAUUCUUUGGACCUGCAGUGUUUGGCCUGGCAGAGGCUGGUUCAGUAUGAACAUAAGCACAUAAUAAAUGAUACCAGUGAAAGAAGGGCUAAUUUUACAGACCAAACAUAACCAGUCCAGCAGUGCAGGUGUAAAUAAGUAAUGUUAGCAGCUAACUCCUUCAGUACUGGUAGAAUCUUGAAAGAGAGUAGAAAAGAGAGGAGAAAAUAACACUAGAUCUUCAUGUUCAGUGUCCUGUUCAGUCUAGACAGCUAAAUUGGCUCUCCAUACUGUUAGGAAGAAGCAUGCUCCAGUGUUUCAUCAGAGCUGAGGUUCUUGGCUCUUCCACCAACUGGUUAUGUGGCCUUGGGCAAGUCACAUAAUUAACUCUGUGCCUAAUUUCCCCAUCUGUGAAUUUGGGGUGAUGGAACUGAUCCAUCUGUGUUAUGCACUUUCAGAUCUUUACUUGAGGGGUGCUAUCUAACUGCAAAACGAUGGUUGUUACCUGCACUUUGCUCAUUAUCCCUGUGUUUCCUUUGGGAGAAGCUGUUUGGGUGGUUGAGCUAGAAAGUGGAGUGUUUUAGGGAGAUUGUCAUUUCCUACCCUAAUUCUUUUAAUAUCUUAUUUAAUAACUGAGAACUUCUUUUCCAGUAGUGUUCAGAAGCUGUAAUCAGCACUGGCACCUUGCAAGACUGGGUGCUCUGUGAAUACACCCAAAGACACUGCUCUUGAUGUGAAACUCUUUGCUGACUUUCUUUUCCCCUCUUAUUCAUCCAUGAUUGUUCAUAGAAUCAUAGAAUGGUCUGGGUUGGAAAGGACCUCUGAAGGUUAUCUAGUCCAGACCCCUCUGCAGUAAGAAGGGACAUCCUCAACUACAUCAGGUUGCCCAGAGCCCUCUCCAGCCUCAAACUCCAUGCACCCUCUCCAAAUACUACUUUUAACUCCUUGAGUGACCAACACUCUCCCUUAUGAGAAGCACCAUCAGGACUUGCCCCUAGGUCUUUUCUUUUUCUCUGGCUAAUGAGCCAAGCCCUGAUUUUUUUUUUUCAGCAGACUGCCAAAAUUCCCUCUGUUGUGCUUAUUGGCCCCAAAUUCAGGCAGAGCACAGAGCCAGCCCAAGACCAAAUGGCAUGCCUCAGGAUUGUCAGACAAAUACCUUCCUCAAGCUGUAAGUAACUUCAAAAAACAACCCCAGGAAAUGCAGAUAUUUUGCUGCAGCAAUCUGCAGACAAUUUCUGCUUGCCCAUUUUGGCAAUCUUAGAAGAUGAGAGAGGCCAGAAUCUGAUUUAAAGAAUCCCAGAGUUGUUUUGCUUGGAAAAGACCUCCAAGGUCAUUGAGUCCAACCAUCAACCACUAACUAGUAGUGAGGGCUGUGGAUUUCUGUUGCCCUGUCACCCCAGAUCAGUGUAUCUGAACCCAGAGUCUGGCACAUUGUGUGAGGAUAGUGGGGUACUGUAGGUAAGUGUCUGGGAGCUCUAUGGGAGAGUGAUUAAGAAACACUUGAGACUGGCUUUGCUGUUUCUUCCAGGGCCAUAGGUAGCUUGACAAAAGUGUUUCCUUGCAUCCAAAUUGGGAUUUCUGGUUGAAGAGUGGCCAGCUUGUCUUCAAAACAAGGUGGCUGAUAUGGAAGAGCUACUCAGCUUCCAGUGUGUUCUCUGCCCUGUUCAAGCCAGACACAACUACACUUGCCUCUCCUUCGUCUGAAUUGAUGCUUUGGCCCCAGGGCUUUGAAUUCAGUUUUAUCUCCCUGAUUGGAUCUGGGUCACUUUUACAAAGUGAGCCUUUAUCAGGUAAGAACAACUUCCUUUACAGCCUGAUAAUUAAAGAAGUGAGAGGCACAGAAUUUGACCUCAUUUCAGUGAAAAAGUGAACCUGCCUGGGAGGAAAAAAAAAGAUUAGUGUGGCUUAACUGGUCCCAUUUGCAGGGAAGAACUGUCCCCAGCUGGCAGUUUCUGGUGUUCAUUUUGCUGAAGCCCUUUUCCUUUGUUAUUGUUGUCAUUUAUUUAUGUAUGUAUUUAUUUAGAGCCUCAGCAUCAGGUGUCCAGUGCAGCUCAGGUGCCAGUUCUGCUGUGAGAGCCUUGCCUGUUGCAGCCGAAGUACUUCAGAUUAGCAAAGCCAACCCAUGGGUGAGCUGGUCCUGAAAAGGAAACUUGACUCAUUUAGCACAGAGCACUGCUAAAAACUUUUGAGCCUUGAAGGGAGAUAAGAAGGGCUGGUUGGGACUUGCUGGCUCAUUCCCAGCUCUGCUGUCAGCCAUGUCAAGGAGCCUUUUUGCUUCAGCUUACCCACUUACUAAAAGUGGGUACAGUCUUACCUACCUCGUGGGCUUUUAGUUACCACUAAACCACCUUUGAUGGAUGCUUGGUGGUCUGUGUUCAGUUGUGCUAUAUGAAGGCAAGAUGCUUUGAGUGAAGCACUUCUCACUCUGACCCAUCUUCAGUACUUUGUCACCUGGCUGUGGCACUUGCCAGCAUCUGGCUGGCCUCCCAAAACCAGGAGUCCCAAGGUGUUUUGCAGUGGUGCUUUUGGGUAGGAGUUAAAAGCAGUAAGCUAGACAUGUGCAUAAAGAUCAGCUGUGCUGCUUCUUGUUCAGCUGGACUCAAGUUGAAGCAAGGAUGCCUGGUGGGUUUUGCCUAGUAAGGACUGCAAGAAAUCUGGAGCCCAAAUAGUUUGAGCAGCCAUCUUGAGCAGGAAAUAAGGGAUUUCAGCAGCAAGGCAUAAAGAAAUGCUGGUGAAAACAGCCUGCUCAUUUCUCAGUGCAGCUCUUGAUUUGGCCUACCAAGGAGAGUUUCCUGAGCUGUCCAGAUGAUUUGGGCUCUGACCUCUGCUGAGAUUUGGUGUGCAGCUUAAUGCAUGGUUACAGCCAUAAAUAAUGAAUAAAGUGAAUAAAGAUAUCAGUCAGUGACUGCAGGAAUCUAUGAAACCCUUGUGUGAAGAUGUUUUGAAAGAUAAUGUACUUAAUGGCUGAGCUCCCUUGGAACUGGGGAGAAGCUUGUCCAGAAGAGGUUGAGCACUGUGAUUUAUGUUGAGGCUUUAGAAGUUAUACAGGGACACCAGAAAACAGGCCAUAGGAAUGGCUUUAUGAGGUAGAGCUAGGAACAGUGUCUCAGAGCAAGGCCUUCUAGUCUGUCUGGUGGGCUCCAGUGCAGAGUGGCAGACUCAGGAGAAGUAAAACUUUGAAGCUAGGGAGCACAUGAGGUAGUCCAUAGUGCAAACUGUAAAAGGGAACUGCAGAACUAGUGUGAAAUGAUAACUUGUGUUUGAAUUACUGUGUAAUAGCAACAAUGUUCCACCAGUCAAUGGUGUAGAUGCUUUGUAUUAUGUUUUAUAAAAUAAAGAUUAUUUCAUUAUAUGAGAAA